UGUGCGGUGCCCCAUGUGGGGGCAGGGACCCCCUGACCCCCGCGCUGCCCCCAGGAUGCUGCGGUCACGCUGCCGCCUCCUACUGAGACACCUGGACCGGGCCCAGCACCUGCUGCAGCUCAGCACCCGCCCCGCAGCGCCCCGUGCUGGGCCCCCCCGCCCGUGCGGCUGCCCCGGGCCCGCGGGCCAGCUGGAGCAGGACGGGCACCGGGCGCGGGAGCAGCUGGCGCGGGCGCAGGCGGAGCGCGCGACGCUGGAGGUCAAGCUCAAGCACGCGCGCAACCAGGUGGAGGUGGAGAUGCGGCGCCGGCAGCGCGCCGAGGCCGAGCUGGAGAAGCAGGACCGGCAGCUCCGGCUGAUCUGCAGCUACCUGAUGCAGGAGCCCUUGGGUCCCUGCGGCACCGCCUGCAGCCUGGCCCUGGGGAGACGGCUGUCCGUGGUGGACGAGUCGGGUGCCUCGCUCCUGUCCCAUUCCGGCAUCAGCUACGACCCCACGGACGAUGACCUGGACCUGGACAUGACGGUGGCGCAGCUGAAGCGGGGGUCCCAGGAGAGGCGGCGCUCCUCCCUGGCACCGGUGGUCGGCCCCGUGGUGCCACCAAAGCACGCGCGCCUGUUAGCAGAGACCGCCAGCGACAGCGAGCCCCAGGCGCCGCUUGCCGCCACAGUCGUCACCGAAGGCCCCAGAGCCAUUGGCGCCCUCCCGCCCGUGCCGCGCCGCCGGUCCCGCCAGGCUGCCCGCCUCUCCGCGCUUGCAGGUUGUCCCUGCCCCGGAGUGGGGGGAGCACAAGGGCAGGCCACGGGAGGGGGGCAUUUGGGGCCGCGCCACGCUGCGCCCUGCGCCCCCGGCCCCCGCGCCUGCCCCCGCCAGGGCGUCCUGGCAGACUUCGCCCCCCCGACGCCGCCCCGCGUGCCGGCGCUGGUGGUGCGGUGCGUGCACGAGGUGGAGAGCAGGGGCCUGGCGGAGACGGGGCUGUACCGCGUGCCGGGCGCGGAGUCGCUGGUGCGGGAGUGGCGCCAGAAGCUGCUGCGGGGCCGGGGGCCGGCGGGGCGGGUGCCCGACGUGCACGUGGCCUGCGGGGUGCUCAAGGACUUCCUGCGUGGGCUGCGCGAGCCGCUUGUCACCUUCCGCCUGCACCCCGCCUUCCUGCGGGCCGCCGACCUGCCGGACGCGGCUGCCCUCUGCCACGUGGUGAUGCAGCUGCCACCGGCUAACCGGGACACUCUGGCCUUCCUCAUGCUGCACCUGCUCAGAGUCGCCCGCAGCCCCGCCUGCAAGAUGGACCGGGCCAACCUGGCGCGUGUGUUCGGGCCCACGCUGGUGGGGUACGGCUCGGCCAACCCCCCACCCCUCACCAUCCUGGAGGACACCCCGCGCCAGUGCAAGGUGGUGGAUCGGCUCCUCUCGCUGCCGCCCGAGUUCUGGCAGCGCUUCAUGGCGGAGGAGCGGGAGGACGCAGUGCCAGCGGCCGGCGGCAGUGAGCAGGAGCGGCUCUCCUGCCCCUUGCCCUCGUCUGAGACCAGCUCUGCCCCGAUGAGUCCAGCCAGCGCCAGCUGCCUGCCCAGCGCCCUGCGCCCCUGCACCAAGCUCCCGCGGGCAUCGCACCCCAAGACGACCGGCCGCUUCUUCCCCUCCCCACUCUAGGGGUCAGACAUGUUUCCUCCUGCUGGGGGGGCAGCACCGGGGUCCAGGCCCCUCCUGCCCACGGCUGCCCCCACUGCAGAGGGUCUCUGGCCCAGCGCCGCACCCCCGGCCAGGGCUUGUGCCCGUCCCUGGCGGCCCCCAGGCCCAGCGCUGGGGGCAUGAGCCUGUACUUUUUCCCUUGCCCCCUGGGGUGAACCCACCAACCUGGGCCUCUCUCCGCACUGAGGACCAGCUUUUUGUUUUGAGGGACGGGACGGGAUGCGCCAGUCCAGCGCCCCCGCGGGGUGGUAGGGCGUGCCGGUCUGGGGGGGCUGGGGGCACGGGGCACUUGUACCUUUUGGGCUGGUUUCUAUUAAAGGCUUGUAGCAGAACGGCCCGGCCCUGCGCUGUCACGGGGCCCUGCGCGCCCGAGCCCUGUGGUCGGCUCCUAGCCCGGGCUGUGCUGUGGAUCCUGGCAGCUUUCUGCACGGCU